CCUCUGGGUAAGAUGAAGGAGGAACACUGGAAGUGGAGCGCCUGAACACACCGCCAGACUCUGAAACCUAUUAACAUUGUUUGGGCCGUUAGGGCGGUUGGCGGCAACUCGCCGGCGGGCGGCAGUUGCGUCGCACCCCGAAGCGUGCCUAGGCGCACGCUCCCCUCCGCUCCUCCACUCAGAGAGCAGGAGGGGCGGAGGGUGGGGAGUGGGGGGGAGGGGAAGAGAACGCGGAGGUCGGUGGAACUACAACUCCCGCAAGGCUUUGCGCGACCAGGGUGCUUUACAAUAGAAGCUCGGUUGGCGAGGCCUGCGGAGAGGUGCCGGAACUGUCGUUUCCGGCAUGUUCAGGUCUUCAAGAACGACCGAUCAGUGGAGGGCGGGGGAGAGACUCCAAUGCCCAGCGGGCCAUGCGCGGGCAGCGCUUGCGCGAACCGCGGACGGGGGGGCGGUCGGGCCAUUUAAAUGUGUGUUUGUGGGUGAAAUGGCUGCGCAGGUCGGAGCGGUUCGCGUAGUACGGGCGGUGGCGGCGCAGGAGGAGCCGGACAAAGAGGGGAAGGAGAAACCCCAUGUUGGGGUUUCGCCGCGAGGAGUGAAGCGGCAGCGCCGGGCGAGCAGCGGGGGUUCUCAGGAGAAGCGGGGGCGACCGAGCCAGGACCCCCCUCUCGCUCCCCCUCAUCGGCGGCGUCGUAGCCGCCAACAUCCCGGGCCGCUGCCUCCAACGAAUGCCGUCCCAACCGUCCCAGGCCCUGUUGAACCUCUGCUCCUGCCGCCUCCGCCGCCACCGUCGCUGGCACCCGCCGGGCCCGCUGUCGCUGCCCCGCUCCCGGCCCCAGGCACCUCGGCCCUCUUCACCUUUUCGCCCCUGACGGUGAGCGCGGCCGGGCCCAAGCAUAAGGGCCACAAGGAGCGGCACAAGCACCAUCACCACCGCGGCUCCGAUGGUGACCCCGGUGCCUGCGUUCCGGGCGAUCUAAAGCACAAGGACAAGCAGGAAAACGGCGAGAGGAGCGGAGGGGUGCCUUUGAUCAAGGCCCCCAAGAGAGAAACAGCAGAUGAAAAUGGUAAAACCCAGAGAGCUGAUGAUUUUGUCUUGAAGAAAAUAAAGAAGAAAAAGAAAAAGAAACACCGAGAAGACAUGAGAGGAAGACGCCUUAAAAUGUACAAUAAGGAAGUACAAACCGUCUGUGCAGGCCUGACCCGAAUCAGCAAAGAAAUUCUCACCCAAGGACAGCUAAAUAGCACUUCAGGAGUUAAUAAGGAGUCCUUCAGGUAUUUGAAGGAUGAACAGCUGUGCAGAUUAAAUUUGGGCAUGCAAGAAUAUCGGGUGCCCCAGGGAGUACAGACACCUUUUACAACGCACCAAGAACAUUCUAUUCGCAGAAAUUUCUUAAAAACAGGUACUAAAUUUAGCAACUUUAUUCAUGAAGAACACCAGUCCAAUGGUGGUGCUCUUGUCCUUCAUGCAUACAUGGACGAACUCUCAUUUUUAUCUCCAAUGGAGAUGGAGAGAUUUUCAGAGGAGUUUCUUGCUUUGACAUUCAGUGAAAAUGAGAAAAACGCUGCCUACUAUGCUUUAGCAAUAGUGCAUGGAGCGGCUGCUUAUCUCCCAGACUUCCUGGACUACUUUGCUUUUAAUUUUCCCAACACUCCAGUGAAAAUGGAAAUUUUGGGCAAGAAAGAUAUUGAAACAACCACCAUUUCAAAUUUUCAUACUCAGGUCAACAGGACAUAUUGCUGUGGUACCUACCGAGCAGGUCCUAUGCGGCAGAUAAGUCUUGUUGGAGCAGUAGAUGAAGAAGUUGGUGAUUAUUUCCCAGAGUUCCUGGAUAUGUUAGAAGAAUCACCAUUUCUGAAAAUGACUUUGCCCUGGGGUACACUUUCCAGCCUCCAACUACAAUGCAGGUCUCAGAGUGAUGAUGGGCCUAUUAUGUGGGUGAGGCCAGGAGAGCAGAUGAUCCCUACAGCAGACAUGCCAAAGUCACCCUUCAAAAGACGACGAUCAAUGAAUGAAAUUAAAAAUCUUCAGUACCUACCUCGGACAAGUGAACCCCGAGAAGUCCUCUUUGAAGACAGGACAAGAGCUCAUGCCGAUCAUGUAGGUCAGGGGUUUGACUGGCAAAGCACGGCUGCUGUUGGGGUUUUGAAGGCUGUACAGUUCGGUGAAUGGAGUGAUCAGCCUCGCAUAACCAAAGAUGUGAUUUGUUUUCAUGCUGAGGAUUUUACUGAUGUUGUACAAAGACUUCAGUUAGACCUUCACGAACCUCCAGUUUCUCAGUGUGUACAGUGGGUGGAUGAAGCAAAACUAAACCAAAUGAGGCGAGAAGGCAUUCGCUAUGCUAGAAUUCAGCUGUGUGACAAUGAUAUCUACUUCAUCCCUAGAAAUGUCAUUCAUCAGUUCAAAACAGUGUCAGCAGUAUGCAGCUUAGCCUGGCAUAUAAGGCUUAAACAAUACCACCCUGUUGUGGAAACCGCUCAAAACACAGAGAGCAAUUCCAACAUGGACUGUGGUUUAGAAGUUGACUCCCAAUGUGUGAGAAUAAAAACUGAAUCUGAGGAUAGAUGCACAGAGAUGCAGCUUUUGACAACUGCUUCAUCCUCUUUCCCACCUCCAUCAGAACUUCAUCUACAGGAUCUGAAGACUCCGCCUGUUCCAGUUUUCAAGGUGGAGAGCAGACUGGACUCUGACCAGCCACACAGUCUGCAGGCACAUCCAAGCACUCCUGUGUGAUAUAUCCGAUUUCCCCAUCUCCCACUUGCCAUCCAGCAGAUGCCAUCCUGUCAUCUAAGCUGGUCAUUACUAAUAAACAAGGAGACUGUCUCCUGACAGCCAGCACUGUGUAAUCACUCAGGAACCAGCGGAUCUGCAAAGACCUACAAUCAAACGCAAAUCUCCAUUUUCCUUUUACAAAACAUUCUACCCUCACUUCCAGUAUAAACAUAUUAAAAGAAUAUAAAAAUGCUGAAAAUCAUGUACGAAUGAAGUCAUUGUAUAUUAGAUUGCAAUAGAAUGGAAAGAAACAUUUAGCUAGUAAUGUAUCUGGAAACCCUGAAUGUCCUAUGUGAGUAUUAGAUUUUGAUAGCAUGCUUUAAAGACUGAUGAAUAUUAAAGCAGAAGCUUUGAGUUUCUUGCUGCUUUCAAAACUGUGUCCUAGUUGAGUGAUACAAAUGAUCGCAACUUUUCUAAAUCAUUAAACUAUUUGGUUGGUGGAGUGAGGCGUGGAACAGUCUGGCAUCCUUGGAUUUGUAAAGUAGUGAUGGCAGUGAAGUUGUUACUGAAAUUGAAGCUGAUCUUCCUUUCUGGUAUGUUAUCUGUUGUGCCAGCCCUUGAGAUUACUUGCAGAAUGUGGCUAUAAGUUUUAGUACUUUGUGGAUCAGAGGGAUAUUUUAAAAAUAUGCUAAUCGAAAGGACCUAAUAAAUUAAUAUUCCUAACAGCAAAUAGAAUGAUUUUAUGGUAACCAUUAAAAAAGAUAAAAGUCUUCCCCUGUCCCAGAGGUCAUUCUAUAAUUAUCAAGAUAGGAUAGGAGUUAGGGUUACGACUCUGAGAGAUGUCCCAAAUUCAUAAAGCAAUAAUAACCUGUAUAUUGGUUCCCUCUUCCAAAAUAACUCUUGAAAAAUGAAUUCUUAGGCUUAAUUGUACUUUGCUUAUUCAGUACUUACAAGUUUUACUGGUAAAUUACUUUUACUCUAAGACUUUUGGAAAGUGCCCUGUACCCUCAGAAACAGUUGGACUAUCAGUUCACAAAUAUUACAAGCUCUUGUAUUGGGAAAGGAGCUAAACUUUAGGAAACAAUGUAUCAGUCUUAACAGGCAUAAAGAUCUCACCUAAUGACUUGAGAAACUUUUGCUUAGUGCUUUUUUUUCCCUGUAUAAAUAUUGUCUAGAAGGAAAAGUUAAUAUAGGAACAAGACUCCAAAAUCCAUGAAAAUAUGUUCCUAGUGAAUAUAUCCUUUAUUAUUAAUAUUCACCCAUUAUAUUUUCAUCUGUAUUUGCCUUUUAAAUUCAUUUGCAUCUAUUAAGGAUAAUUAGGAUUACUGAGUUUGUGUUUUUCUAAUAAAUCUGUUUCAUCCUUUCAGUAGCACAUGCCAGAGGUUCACAUUUGUGCUAAGUUUCAUGUUUUCAAGACAGUCUGUAGUUGUAUUUACUGGUCAUGCAAGUAGAGGAGAUACACACCACCAGUGUUUUUCUUAAGUGCAUAAAGGACUUAUCCUCAUCCUGGAAGUCUGUUGCUUUAAAAGCAAGUAUCCAUAAAUAUGGCCUUCCAUUUUAAAAAUCUUCAUAAAUUUUUUAGGAUCCACUUGUGCAUGUAGUUGAGACCACUGUCUCUUAAAAUAUAGCACUUUUCAAUUCUCUCUGAAGAAAUACUUAAGUACUACUAUCACACGUUGUAAAUUUUCAUGUAAUAGUGUUUUCUGUGACUAAACUUCAUUUUGAUUGGCAGCUAAGACUUUUUUUCCUGUGGCUUUAAUUUAUCUAAGAGGUCUUUGCAUAUAGAUGAAAUGUUUAAUUUGCCUGGCGGACUAUUUGCGUUUGUGUGGCCUUAGUUUGUUUAUUGACAUUAACAAGUGUUUUAAAAGGUUUUUAAUGAAUAGUCUUAAAUCUAAAUUUGUGUGAAUAAUUCUUUUAACACAGUGCUUUUUUUGUAGCUGUCUGAGUGUGUUAAAUUGUUAAGCUAUUUCUUUGUAAAGUAGGACAAUGGAAUGCAUAGGUUUUUUUUCCCUGUAAAGUAUUUUUUUAAUAAACAAAGUCUGAUUUGUCCUUUACUGAUGUUUCAAAAUGAA